CCAUGAGUGUUUCUAGCUUUAUUUUUGAACCCUUCGACCACAGUGCAAUAGAUUGCCUCCCAGACUUGAUACCUUCCCUGUGGUAAAUCCUCUGUGGCCAAAAAAAACAUUUUUCCUCAUUGUUUUACAAUUUUUCUACAAACGUCAGUGUGGGCUCAUUGGGAAGUCUGGAUUUGUGCUGAAAACCAUUGUAGGGUUAACCAUCCUGUUGAGUGGGAGAGGUUGUUGGGUGUGUCCUAACAUGCGUGGGUUGCAGAUGGGUUGUGUGUAGGUCGAAGGGUUGGCAGAUCCUUGACGGCAAACAUAAAAAUAUGACUUAGUUAUGGUUCAACUGGCCUGCUGAUGCACUGUGCUUUUUCAUACUAGGCACAGCAGCUGUAGAUCCUCAGGCAGACUGAGAAGGAUAAAUAAUCAGAGGCAUGAAGAUGUGAUCAGCAUUUUAGAGUCACAGAAACUUGGUGGAUUUGGGCUUCAUAAAAGCCCUCAGGAACCCUGUUGUAAAUGAUCACACUUUAGUGUCUGGCGCUGCGUUUGUCACCUGCUAGCUCGUUAGAUUUGAAAUAAUCUGCAGCCUCCGGGCUGAGUAGGCUAGCUGAAUAAUUUUUACUUUAAACAACAUUUAAACAUCUGUAGCUUGUUGUAAUUUUCUGCUGCUGGAAGUAACCCACCAGUGGCAAUGCCCAGAAGGCGUAUGCUUUAGUGGUACUUGCCUCUUUACUUCCCUUGAUGAUAACAGCUGAGAUAGGCUGACAGCUCCAGGGUUUAUCUGAAACCUGCAUGUAGAGAGAGCUCUUUGUACAUAGUUGUUGUGUAAAUAUAUUUUUAUUUUACAGCUCUCUCUGUAAAAUAGAAAUAUGUUAUCAAAGAAAAGUUGUGUGCCAAAAUACCACAGGCCCAUACUAACUGUCCUUAAUUUCUCUCCUACAGCAGUACUGCUUUGCCAGUCCUGUACUGCACUCUGUUAAGGGUGCAGCAACUCAUCCUGUGUAGGUUAUGGGGAACACAGUGCACUUGUCAGUUUGGUCAGGGCCCACUGGCUGCUUGUUUGGGGGUGGGAUGCAGCACAGCUACCGUAAUCCUAAACCUAAAGAGCCUCUUUUAUUUCCUAUCAUCAAAAAUACAGUCUCAUGAUUACAUGUUUUUACUUUUGUACUUGCAAGGAAGUUGAGAUCUAAAUAAGAAAAGAUCAUGAUCUGUGCUGUCAGUGCAACAGACGUUUUCUCUGUAGCAUCUAUUCAUGCUUGUUUAUGCAGAUUUAUAUUGGAAUGUAGUUUACUUUACAAAACCUAACCUGGAAAUCUCAACCUUUCAGCUAAAAUAAACGUUUGGGGAAAGUGCACUCCAGAACUAGAUGAAAUUAUUCCUAUUUUAGUGGUUGUGCCCCAAGAAGAUGCAUUGUGCUUUUGAGCGUUGGGAAUCGUUACUACACAGGUGGUAUACUGUUGUGUGUGACUUAAAACCCUUUUCCAAAGUGUUACUAAUGGUAAAGAGAAAUUUUCUAGGCUUCUUUUCUGCCGGUUGAAGUCUGACUGCAGAUGGACCCUUGGCACUGAAAGUGGGGCAAAACUCCGGACCCUAAGAUCCAGGUCAGGUCAUAUGUGGACGUCAUGAUGGAGCAGAACCUGUCUAAAGAGGAGAGAGAGAUUCGUCAGCAGUUGGCAGAGAAGGCCAAAUCAGGGGAUCUGAAAGCUGUUAAUGGCUCUGCUGCUGCUCAAGCUAAACGCAAGCGUCGCUGGGACCAGACAGCUGACCAGACCCCAUCCAACGCCACACCCAAAAAGAUCUCCAGCUGGGACCAAGCUGACGCCAGUGCCGAGACUCCAGGACACACCCCUGCACACACACCAUCAAACAGCCGGUGGGAUGAAACUCCUGGUCGCCCCAAAGGCAGUGAAACCCCAGGAGCCACUCCCAGUACCCGUAUGUGGGACCCUACUCCCAGCCACACCCCCGCUGGUGCUGCCACUCCUGGCAGAGACACACCUGGUCAUGCCACACCUGGUCAUGGUGGAGCCACAGGAAGUGUUCGCAAGAACCGCUGGGAUGAAACCCCAAAGACAGAGAGGGAGACGCCAGGACACGGGAGUGGCUGGGCCGAAACCCCGCGAACAGACAGAGGAGAAGAGUCGGUGGGUGAGACCCCAACCCCAGGAGCCAGUAAGAGGAAGUCUCGGUGGGACGAAACCCCCGCCAGUCAGAUGGGAUCUUCAACCCCACUACUGACUCCAGGAAAAACGCCACUGGGAACACCAGCAAUGAACAUGGCUACACCAACACCUGGGCAUCUGAUGAGCAUGACUCCUGAGCAGCUCCAAGCAUGGAGAUGGGAGAGAGAGAUUGAUGAGAGGAACCGGCCUCUUACCGACGACGAGCUCGAUGCCAUGUUUCCAGAGGGAUACAAGGUCUUGCCUCCUCCAGCAGGCUACGUCCCGAUCCGUACUCCGGCCCGUAAGCUGUCAGCCACUCCCACUCCUAUUGGGGGUAUGACGGGCUUCCACAUGCAGGCCGAGGACCGCACCACCAAACAGAUGAACGACCAGCCCUCAGGAAACCUGCCCUUCCUCAAACCAGAUGACAUCCAGUACUUUGACAAACUGCUGGUUGAGGUGGACGAGUCGACGCUGAGCCCUGAGGAGCAGAAGGAAAGAAAGAUCAUGAAGCUGCUGCUGAAGAUAAAAAAUGGAACCCCUCCCAUGAGGAAGGCGGCUCUGCGUCAAAUCACAGACAAAGCCCGUGAGUUUGGAGCUGGUCCCCUGUUCAAUCAGAUCCUGCCGCUGCUCAUGUCGCCUACCUUGGAAGACCAGGAGCGCCACCUGCUGGUGAAAGUUAUCGACAGGAUUCUCUACAAACUGGAUGACCUGGUUCGGCCGUAUGUGCACAAGAUUCUCGUGGUGAUUGAGCCUCUGCUCAUUGAUGAGGACUACUAUGCUCGAGUUGAAGGCAGAGAGAUCAUCUCUAAUUUAGCGAAGGCUGCUGGUUUGGCUACAAUGAUUUCCACAAUGCGACCUGAUAUUGACAACAUGGAUGAGUAUGUCAGAAACACGACUGCUCGAGCCUUCGCGGUGGUGGCCUCGGCUCUUGGUAUCCCCUCCCUCCUGCCCUUCCUCAAAGCUGUGUGCAAAAGCAAGAAGUCGUGGCAGGCGCGACACACGGGCAUCAAGAUAGUACAGCAGAUCGCCAUCCUGAUGGGCUGCGCCAUUCUGCCUCAUCUGCGUAGCUUGGUGGAGAUUAUCGAACACGGUCUGGUGGAUGAGCAGCAGAAGGUGAGGACCAUCAGUGCUUUGGCCAUAGCUGCCCUGGCUGAAGCUGCUACACCCUACGGUAUCGAGUCCUUUGACUCGGUGCUGAAGCCUCUGUGGAAGGGUAUCCGGCAGCACAGAGGAAAGGGUCUGGCUGCUUUCCUCAAAGCUAUCGGGUACCUGAUCCCACUGAUGGAUGCUGAGUAUGCCAACUACUACACAAGGGAGGUGAUGCUGAUCCUUAUCAGAGAGUUCCAGUCUCCAGAUGAGGAGAUGAAGAAGAUCGUACUCAAGGUGGUGAAGCAGUGCUGUGGCACUGAUGGUGUGGAAGCUAACUACAUCAAGACCGAGAUCCUUCCCCCUUUCUUUAAGCACUUCUGGCAGCACAGGAUGGCUCUCGACAGACGCAACUAUAGACAGCUGGUGGACACCACUGUGGAGCUGGCUAACAAAGUUGGAGCAGCGGAGAUCAUCUCUCGCAUUGUUGAUGACCUGAAGGAUGAGGCAGAGCAGUACAGGAAGAUGGUGAUGGAGACUAUUGAAAAGAUCAUGGGAAACCUGGGUGCAGCUGACAUCGACCACAAACUGGAGGAGCAGCUGAUUGAUGGGAUUCUGUACGCUUUCCAGGAACAGACCACAGAGGACUCUGUGAUGCUGAAUGGUUUUGGUACGGUUGUGAAUGCCCUCGGGAAGCGUGUCAAGCCAUACCUGCCUCAGAUCUGCGGUACAGUCUUGUGGCGUCUCAACAACAAGUCAGCCAAAGUUCGUCAGCAGGCAGCAGACCUCAUCUCUCGCACCGCAGUGGUGAUGAAGACUUGUCAGGAGGAGAAACUCAUGGGUCACUUGGGUGUGGUGCUGUACGAGUACCUGGGAGAGGAGUACCCGGAGGUGCUGGGCAGCAUCCUGGGAGCUCUGAAGGCCAUCGUUAACGUUAUUGGUAUGCACAAGAUGACUCCCCCAAUCAAAGACUUGCUUCCACGUUUGACCCCCAUCCUAAAGAACAGACAUGAGAAAGUGCAGGAGAACUGCAUCGAUCUGGUGGGCAGGAUCGCCGACAGGGGAGCUGAAUAUGUGUCAGCCAGGGAGUGGAUGAGGAUUUGCUUUGAACUGCUGGAGCUACUCAAAGCUCACAAAAAAGCUAUUCGCAGAGCCACCGUCAACACGUUUGGUUACAUCGCCAAAGCCAUUGGGCCUCAUGACGUGUUGGCCACUCUGCUCAACAACCUGAAGGUUCAGGAGCGUCAGAACAGAGUGUGCACGACUGUGGCCAUUGCCAUUGUUGCAGAGACCUGCUCUCCUUUCACUGUGCUGCCAGCGUUGAUGAAUGAAUACAGAGUGCCUGAGCUCAAUGUGCAAAACGGUGUUCUCAAGUCUCUCUCAUUCCUGUUUGAGUACAUUGGUGAAAUGGGCAAAGACUACAUCUACGCUGUCACACCACUGCUGGAGGAUGCUCUCAUGGACAGGGACCUGGUCCACAGACAGACCGCCAGUGCUGUGGUUCAGCACAUGUCUCUGGGUGUCUACGGUUUUGGUUGUGAGGACUCUCUUAACCAUUUACUAAACUACGUGUGGCCCAACGUCUUUGAGACAUCACCUCAUGUCAUCCAGGCUGUCAUGGGUGCCCUGGAGGGGCUGAGAGUCGCCAUCGGACCCUGCCGCAUGUUGCAGUACUGCUUACAGGGCCUGUUUCACCCUGCCAGGAAGGUGAGGGAUGUCUACUGGAAGAUUUACAACUCCAUCUACAUCGGCUCUCAGGAUGCCCUGAUUGCUCAUUACCCACAAGUCUACAACGAUGAGAAGAAUGUGUACGUCCGCUACGAGCUCGAGUAUGUCCUGUAAAUACACACAGAUCAUUUCCCCUUCUUAUUGUUUCUCUAUCGCCUCCGAGUCCAUUUUCAUUUAGUGGCAGUGUGUCGCUCACACCCAGCUUCUCCGUGGGAGCAUAAAUGAGCCUGUAGAGUCUGUAUGUAUUUUUUACUAUUUACUUUGUGUUUGCUGUAAGAAGCAGUUGAUGUCGGAUGAUUUAGAAAAGCAGAGCUAUCAUCACAAUCCCUUUUAAAUAUUUGCAUCCGUUUGUUUGAGUGAAUGAUCACCUGUAGACCUCUGUAUCGCCCACAUCUCCUUUUUUCACACCAUCCCUGUUCUUAUUGGAUCAAUGCUUUAUUUAACCAAAUAAAAGGUUUGUGUAUAGAC